CACACACACACACACACACACACACCAUCCAGUUUGUCCUGCUGUUUGUAUUUGCGAGUGUGUGUGUGUGUGUGAUGUGAAGCAUUAAGUGAAAUGUGUGAGUGGGGGGGUGCACUUUGGUCAGUGAGCACAGUGUCUCUUACACACACACACACACACACACACACACACACACACACACACACACCAUCAGGCCCUCCAGCGACACCAGACCUUUCGAAGAGGAUCUUCAUCUACAACCAUCAACGUAAGUGACCGUUCGUUUUAUUUUUAUUUUUGAACUUCAUUAUUUGUGAUUUUGAUUUGUCACCUGUUCGGGUGUGUGUGUGAGUGUGUGUGCGUACAGAUGCUCCUCCCAUGUGUGUCCCGAUGACCCCGUGACCCUGAGCAGACCACGUCAAAGGUGUGACUUCAUCUUCUUCCUCUCUUUUUAAAGCUGCCCUGGUGAUGGAAGGAAGAGGAGGAAGAGGAGGAAGAGGAGGACUGUUCCCGUGUGAUGUCAGUCCUGGUUGGUUGCUGUGGCGCCCCCUGCAGAAGUGACCGACAUGGAGGAAGAGGAAGUGCCCGCUGCUCCGGUGUCGGAGGGAGAAAUGGAAAAUGUCCUGACCGCGAGAGGAGAGAGAGAAGAAGAGUCUGUCCAGGAAACGGUGGUGACAGCGGCCACGGCUGUUGUCGUGACUACGGGGAGGAGGGAGGAAGAGGAGGAGGAAACUGACAAAAUAUCAGAGGAAGAGGAGGAGGAGGAAAAUCCAGCAGAGAUGGAGGGAGGAGAAGAAGAAGAGGACGGAGAGGAAGACGAGAGUAAAGGAAAAACGUUCCCGGGGCCUUGGGAAUCAGAGGCGUCGUCUGAUGUGAAGCCUCCGCUGCCAGACCCCGCCUUCAACCGCAGGUGCAGCCUGCUCGCCAGUGACGUGAAGUAUAAGGAAGACUUUGAGAAGAUGAAGGGCCAGAGUCUGUUUGUUCCUGGAGCUGAACUCAUCCAUUCCAAGAACAUCAGCGCGGUGAUAUCCGAGUCCAAGUACAAGGAGGACGGGAAGAAGGAGGCGUCGCUUUCCCUCUACUCCGUCCUGCCGGAGACGCCGGCGACACAACACGCCAGAGAAGCUUCGGCGCUGCAGAGCGAGAUUAAAUACAAAGGGAACGUGAAGACGGAGAUCUCCUCCUCUCUUUAUUCUCUUUUGCCCGAAACCACGGAGACUCAGUUUGUCAAAGAGCUGACGGAGAUACUGAGCGAGAACAAGUACAAGGAGGAAGGAAAGAAGGAGAUGAGCAGCUGUUUGUACUCGCAGCUUCCCGAAACCGCCGAGAUGCAGCUGGCGAAGACCGUCCACGAGUUCCAGAGCGAGAAAAAGUACAAAGAAGACGGAAAGAGAAAAGCUUCCAUCUCCCUCUACUCGCAACUUGCAGACACCCCAGAAAUCCAACACGCUCUGGAGGUGACGCAGCUGCAGAGCCAGGUGAACUAUCGGCCGAAGACGCUGGUGAAAGGAGCUCCCUCGUCUCUUUACUCUCAGCUGCCCGACACCUCGGACAUCCAGUUCGCCAGAGAGAUGACGGAGAUGCAGAGUGAGAGUAAAUACAAGGACGUGGGCCGGAGGCGCCUCUCUCAGAGCUUCUACUCUCAGCUCCCGGAGACGGCCGAGACGCAGUUCGCCAAAGCUGUUGCCGAGCUGCAGAGCGAGAUGCGGUACAAGGACGCGGGGAAGAAGGGCGUCGCCUCGUGUUUGUACUCUCUUCUGCCGGAGACUUUGGAGACGGCUCACGCCAAGGAAGUGUCCGAGCUCCUCAGCGAGGUGAAGUACAAAGAGGACGGUAAGAAGGAGAUGAGCGUCAGCCUGUACUCGCUGCUGCCGCAGACGCUGGACACGCAGCACGCCAGAGAGGCGUCGCAGCUGCAGAGCGAGGUGAAGUACAAAGAAGGUGUGAAGCAGAAGAGUCCGAGCAGUUUGUACCAUCAGCUCGCCGAGACCCCGGAGACACAUCUGGCCAAACAGCUGUCGGAGCUGCAGAGCGAGACGAAGUAUAAAGAGGCUGGAAUGAAGGAAGUGAAUACCUGCCUCUACGCUCUUCUUCCUGAAACCCUGGAGACACAACACGCCAGAGAGGCCACGGAGCUGCUCAGUGAGAACAAGUACAAGGAGAGCGGCAGGAGGGACAUGUCCAGCUCGCUGUACGCCACGCUGCCCGACACUCCGGAGAGCAGCUUCGCCCGAGAGAUGACGGACAUGCAGAGCGAGAGUAAAUACCGAGAGGACGGGACGAAGAGCUUGUCCCAGAGCAUCUUCAGUCGGCUGCCGGAGACCGUCGAGACGCAGUUCGUCAAAAGCGUGUCUGAGCUGCAGAGUGAGAUGAAGUACAGGAAGGGAAAGGCCGACGUGUCCAGCUCGCUGUACUCCGCUCUGCCCGAGACUCUGGAGACGCUGCACGCCAAGGAAGCGUCUGAGCUGCAGAGUGAGCUGCGGUACAAGGCGGCCCUGAAGGAAGGCCUCUCCUCCGGUCUGUUCCACCUGCUGCCUCAGACCUUAGAGACGGUCCACGCCAAAGACGUCUCCGAGCUCGUCAGCGAGGUGAAGUACAGAGAGGACGGUAAGAAGGAGAUGAGCGUCAGCCUGUACUCGCUGCUGCCGCAGACGCUGGACACGCAGCACGCCAGAGAGGCGUCGCAGCUGCAGAGCGAGGCCAAGUACAGAGGAGGUCUGAAGGCCGAGAGCAGCUUGUACCACCGCCUCCCAGAGACCACGGAGACGCAGCUGGCCAAACAUCUGUCGGAGCUGCAGAGCGAGACCAAGUACAAGGAGGCGAGCAGGAGGGCGGCGAGCAGCAGCCUGUACGCGCUGCUGCCUCACACCAUGGACACGCAGCACGCCAAGGACGCCGGCGGGCUGCUCAGCGAGAUCAGGUACAAGGAGAGCGGGAGGAAGGAGCUGUCCAGCUCGCUGUACUCCACGCUGCCCGACACUUCAGACACCAGCUUCGCCCGAGAGAUGACGGACUCGCUGAGCGAGAGCAAGUACAAGGAGGCCGGGAAGAGAAGCCUCUCGCAGAGUUUUUACUCUCAGCUGCCCGAAACCGCCGAGACGCAGUUUGCCAAGAGUGUGUCGGAGCUGCAGAGCGAGAUGAAGUACAAGGAAGCGGGAAAGAAAGGAGCGACGAGCUCCUUGUACUCGACUUUACCCAAGACUCUGGAAACUCUUCACGCCAAAGAGGCUUCGCAGCUGCAGAGUCAGCUGAAGUACAAGAGUCUGAAGAACGACCCCGUGAGUCUUUACCACCUGAUGCCUGAGACCAACGAGACCCAGUUUGUCCGGGAGCAGACGGAGAUGCUCAGCGAGGUCAAGUACAAAGAGGAGAGUAAGAAGGAGAUGAGCGUCAACCUGUUCUCUCAGCUCCCCGACGCCCGCGACACGCAGCAUGUCAGUGAGGCUAAAUACAAAGAGGCCAGUAAGAAGCAGGCGUCCACGCCUCUGUACCAUCGACUCCCGGAAACCAUGGAGACGCAGCGCGCCAAGGAGGCGUCGACGCUGCAGAGCCAGAUCUCGUACAAAGAGGCUGUGAAGAGGGAGUCGGCGUGUCCGGUCUACCACCAGCUGCCCGACACCUUGCAGACCCAGUUCGCCCGCGGACUCGUGGACACGCAGAGUCAAAACAAGUACAAGGAGGACGGGAUGAAGAGCCUCGCUCAGAGCAUCUACAGUCGCCUGCCGCAAACCGCUGAGACGCAGUUUGCCAAAGCUGUUUCUGAGCUGCAGAGUGAGACGAAGUACAGGAAGUCAGGGCGGCGGGAGGCCGGCGGCUGUUUGUACUCCACCAUGGCUCAGACCCUGGACACUCAACACGCCCGGCAGGCCUCACACACCCAGAGCCAGGUCCGGUACGCGGAGGACUCGCGGAAGGAUUUGUCGUCCACUCUGUUUUCCGGCCUUCCUCAAACCCUCCAGACCGAGUUGGCCAAGGAGGCGACGGCGCUGCAGAGUCAGGUGAAAUAUAAAGAGGGAUGUAAGAAGGAGGCGUCCUCCGCCCUGUACCGCCUCCUCCCUGAGACGCCAGAGAUGCAUCUCGCCAAACAGAUGUCGGAGGUCCAGAGCGAGGCGUCGUACAGGAAGGACAGAGAGGAUCUGCCCAACACGCUGUACUCGCUGCUGCCGGAAACUCUGGAGACUCAGUUCGUCAAAGACAUGGCGGAGACGCACAGCGAGGUGAAGUACAAACAGGCCGGGAAGCAGCAGACGUCGACGUCUCUUUACUCCAAACUGCCUGAAACUCUGGAGACCAAACACGCCAGAGACGCGACCGAGCUGCAGAGCGAAAUAAAGUACAAAGAUGGCGGCAGGCAGGCGAUGACGUCGUCUCUGUACUCGCUGCUUCCCGACACGGCGGAGACGCAGUUCGCCCGGGAGAUGACGGACAUGCAGAGCGAGAACAGAUACAAAGAAAGCGGGAAGCGGAGUCAGACGGUCAGCGUCUACUCACAGCUGCCGGAGACCAACGACAUCCAGUUUGCCAAAGCUGUCGGAGAAAUCCAGAGCGAGGCCAAGUACAAGGACGCGGGGAGGAGGGAGGCGGCGGCGUGCCGCUCGCUGUACUCCGCGCUGCCGGAGACCCUGGACACCCUGCACGCCAAGGAGGCGUCGCAGCUGCAGAGUCGGGUCAAGUACAAACAGGACGCUGCGGCGCAGGCGAGCGUCUCUCUGUACCACCGGCUCCCCGAGACCACCGAGACGCAGCUGGCCAAAGAGCUGAGGGACAUUUACAGCGAGGUGAAGUACAAGGACGAGGGAAGGAAGGAGGUCGGUCGCAGCUUGUACUCGCUCCUGCCCGAGACGACGGAGACGCUGUUCGCCAAGCAGACGUCCCAGAUGCAGAGUGAGGCGUCGUACAGGAAGGACAGAGAGGAUCUGCCCAACACCUUGUACUCGCUGCUGCCGGACACUCUGGAGACUCGCUUCGUCAAAGACAUGGCGGAGACGCACAGCGAGGUCAAGUACAAGGAAGCAGGAAAGAAGGAGGCGGGCAGUGCUCUGUUCCACCGGCUGCCCGAGACGCUGGAGACGCGGCACGUCAGAGAGGUUACGGAGCUGCAGAGCGAGAACAAGUACAAGGAGGACGGGAAAAAGUUGAUGACAUCCAGUCUGUACGCUCAGCUGCCGCAGACGGCCGAGACGCAGCUCGCCGCCAAGAUGUCGGACCUGCAGAGUGAGAGUAAGUACAGAGAGGACGGGAUCAGGAGCCUCUCGCAGAGUUUCUACUCUCAGCUGCCGGACACCGCCGAGACGCAGCUCGCCAGAACGGCGUCCGAGCUGCAGAGCGAGGCCAAGUACAAGGAGGCGAGCAGGAAGGAGGCGAGCAGCUGUCUGUACCACCGGCUGCCUGAGACCCUGGAGACGCGACACGCCAGAGAGGCGGCCGAGCUGCAGAGUCAGGUGAAGUACAGCGACGGUAAGAAGGAGCUUUGCACCAGUCUGUACUCUCUGCUGCCGGAGACCGAGGACACCAAGCUGGCCAAAGCCGCCAUGGAGCUUCAGAGUGAGAAUAAGUACAAGCAGAAAGGCCGACAGGAGAUCGGCAGCAGCGCUUUCCACCAGAUGCCGGAGACCAAGGAGAUGGAGUUCGCCAAGCAGAUGUCCGAGCUGCAGAGUCAGACAAAGUACAGGAAGGACAGAGAGGAUCUGCCCAACACGCUGUACUCGCUGCUGCCGGAAACUCUGGAGACUCAGUUCGUCAAAGAGAUGGCGGAGACGCACAGCGAGAGUAAAUACAAGCAGGCUGGUAGGAAGGAGCUGGUGAAGAGUCUGUAUUCUCUGCUGCCCGAGACCAAAGACACUCAACACGCCAAGGAGCAAACUCAUCUGCUCAGCAAGCAGGCGUACCGGGAGCAGGGGAAGAAGGACGCCGGCUGCAGCCUCUACGCCCACAUGCCCCAGACCAUCGAGACCGUCUUCGCCAGAGAGAUGACGCGGACGCAGAGCGACAAGCUCUAUAAGGAGAAGUACAACCGGGAGAAGGGGAAGUCGAGCUACACCAACAUGAGCACCCUGCCCGAGGUGGACCACGCCAUGGAGGUCAACAGGAACCAGAGCGACGUCGGCUACAGAAAAGGUAAAGAGGAACUUCAUCACUACAACUCGGUGCCCGACAGGCCCGACAUCGUCAACGCCACCAACGCCGCUAAACUGGCCAGCGACGUGGCCUAUAAGAGUAACACAAAGCAGACGGUUUACAGCGACAUUUACCUUUUGGCCAGAACUGACAUCCAACACGCCAAGGAGGUUUCAAAACUGGCCAGUCAGGUGAAGUACAAAGAAAACUUCAAGGGCCAGAAGCCUCGUUACAACCCGCUGGACUGCGUCUCCUUCCGCCACACGCGAGCUGCCGGCGCUCUGGCCAGUCAGGUGAAGUACAAGACCAACCAGAACCAGAAGCAGAAACCUGAGGGAUCCUCAGACCUGCAGCUGGAGCACGUCCUGCACGCCAGCAAACUGCAGAGCAACGUGGAGUAUAAGAAGAAGUACGAGCAAACCAAGGCCCACUACCACGCAGCUGGGGACACGGCUGAACAGCUCCACCACAAGGAGAACGCAGUACUGCACAGCCAGGUGAAGUACAGAGAGGAGUACGAGAGGAACAAAGGUCGAUGUCAGAUGGAGUUCGGAGACACUCGGACGUACAAAGUGUCUAAAGAGGCGCAGAAGAUGCAGAGCGAGAGGGAGUACCGGAGGGACUAUGAGGAGCAGAUGAAGGGAAAAGCCUUGGUGGAUGUAGACCAGACGCCUGGAUACCUGACAGCCCUCCAUGCCAGCAGUCUGCUGAGCGAGAAGGAGUACAGGAAAGACCUGGAACAGGAAGUGAAGGGGCGGGGCUUAUCUGGCAUGGGGCUGGAGGAAACGCCAGAGCUGCUGAGGGUCAAAAACGCCAAUCAGAUCCUUGACCAGAGGUUUUACAAGCGGACGCAGCAGCUCAGAGACAACUCCUACGGGACAGUGACGGACACUCCCCAGCUCCUGCACGCCUCCUACCUCAAGGACGUCUACAGUCAGAAGAAGUACAAGGACGAGGCCGAGCGGCUGAGGGCCAGCUACAGUCAGUCGGCUACAGAGACCCCCGAGAUGCAGCGAGUCAGAGCCAACCAGAGACACGUCAGCUCUCUGCAGUACUGCUGGGACUCCAAGCUCAUGAGAGGUCUGAUGUCCUCGGUCUCAGAGACGCCAGAGAUCGUCCUCGCCAGAGAGAACGCCAAGAGGAUCAGCGACGUCCGGUACCGAGAGGAGGCGGGUCCAGGCACCGCCGUCACGGACACACCCGAGAUGGAGAGAGUCCGACGCAACCAGCAGAACAUCAGCUCGGUCAAGUACAAGCAGAGUCCGGCGAAGGCCACGAGUGUCGGAGUGACACCAGAGCUGGAGCGAGUCCGACAGAACCAGGACAACAUCAGCUCGGUGAAGUAUCAGCGCGGGCUGCAGGAGGUGAGGGGGCGGAGCUGCACCGAGCUGGACACGCCCGAGUACAGACGUGUCAGGAAGACACAGGACUCGGUUUCCAUGGUAGCGGCCUGGUUGCCUUGGCUCACGGCUGCCGCCACUGUGGGAGGAGCUAACCUGAGUGGUGUGGCACGGCGGGUGGGGCUGUCGCACGGAGACUAACCACACAGCCUGGAGGACAAUGCAGCGUGCCAAGUACCACGAGGACUUUGAGCGGGCGCGCGGCCGAGGCUGUACUCCGCCGGGAUUGGACGAUCCCUGCAUGGAGCGCUACCAGCGAUCCAACCAGAUGAUGGGCGAGGCGGUUUACGGCAGAGGGAUCCACU